GCCAACCAAAGCCUCAUCCUCUCCCCAAUCCCGUGCCUCCCGUCCUCCCCCAAUCCCUGCCUCCUCUCACCUCCUCCUCCUCCUCUAGAGACAGCGGCGGCUCGGUCCGGCCCGGCCAUGGAGACGGAGCUCAGCGCGGUUGGAGGUGAGACCGAGCGGCGGCGGCAGAAGGGAGCAAAGGAGCGGCGGCGGCUGGACGCGCGGUCGCGCGCGCACUCGAUUUCGUCCUCGGCACUCCUGGCGUGGACGAUGGUGGCCGGCCGCGCGACGCUCGUAAGCUCGUCCUCGUUCUCUUGGAGGAGAGCCACCCUCUCCAGGCUCGUUCAGGCCGCCCCUCCUCCCGUUGCUCGCCGACAACAGCGCCUGCCUGGCGGCGGCAGAGAGUGGACGACCAGUGGCAGGUUGCGGGGUCAUCGGUGCACCAAGGUCGUAACCGAUUGAGUAGAGGGGAAUACCAGAAAUGUUCUCCUUGUUCUACGGCCUGUGGAACCAUGUGUUUAGCAAGACAGAGUUCCGACUACUCAUACUUGGAGUCCAUAAGGCUGGGAAGACGACCUUGCUAGAAAAGUUGAAGUCAAUCUAUUUGAAAGGAGAAGGGCUUCCACAUGAUCGUGUCGUUCCAACUGUGGGGCUUAAUAUUGGACGCAUUGAAGAUGCAAAUGUGAAACUUGUUUUCUGGUAUCUGGGAGGCCAGGAUUUACCAACAACAGUCACAGAAGAAGAGUUGGACAGACAUUUUCACCUUAAAGAGUUUGAUGAGAGGCCAUACAUGUUUGUGGCUGGGUCUGCCUAUGAUGGAGUUAAAUGGAAUGUUGGCACAUGGCGCUUGCACUCAGGUUGUUUCCAAGGGAAGAUGUUUGCCCUUCCACACUGCUUCACCAAAAAGAAAGAUGCAUGCCCCCAUUCUUUUUGUGAUAUAAUCACGUCUUCUGGAUAGAUUGUUUCUCUGACAGGUAACUUGCUGUCACUUGGUGUCAUUCUCUGUAUUUUUUUUUGCUAUUACAUAUCAUGCCCUCAACAUUAAAU